AUGGGAAGAUUAGACACUCUGAGAGAAUUUAAUUUAUUGUCAUGGAUGAGAGAGGAAAGACAAUCGAGGAAGUUGACCCUGGUCAUCGUUUUCAUCGCCUUGCUGCUGGAUAAUAUGCUUCUAACGGUGGUCGUCCCCAUCAUUCCCAGCUACCUAUACACAGUUGAUGAUGCAGCAGCCAACAUGGCCAAGAAUCACACCACGGCCUCCCCACACACCCCUUCUGGAACCUUCCAGACCAUCGUGUCCCUCUAUGACAACUCUGUCAGGGUAACCAGCGGGGGCCCAAUGGACUCCACACCCAUACCCUUGGAUCAGACGCAGGCGGUCUCUCUUUCCACCUCGGCUCUCACACCCCACAACUCCACAGAGCCUGACUGCCCCAAAGCAGAUGACCAGCUUCUCAAUGAGAAUGUGAAAGUGGGACUACUUUUUGCCUCCAAGGCCACCGUACAGCUCAUCACCAACCCCUUUAUUGGGCCUCUCACCAACCGAAUAGGAUACCAGAUCCCCAUGUUUGCCGGGUUCUGUAUUAUGUUCCUGUCAACCAUUAUGUUCGCCUUCUCAUCGAGCUACACUCUGCUGUUUCUGGCCAGAUCCCUGCAGGGUGUGGGCUCCUCCUGCUCCUCCGUGGCUGGGAUGGGGAUGCUUGCCAGUGUGUACACAGAUGACGAGGAGAGGGGAAACGCCAUCGGGAUAGCCCUGGGUGGUCUGGCCAUGGGCGUGCUGGUGGGCCCACCAUUCGGCAGUGUCAUGUAUGAGUUUGUGGGGAAAACGGCACCUUUCCUCAUUCUGGCUGUUCUGGCUGUGCUGGAUGGAGCACUGCAACUGUUCAUUCUCCAACCCUCAAAGGUGGAACCAGAGAGCCAGAAAGGGUCCUCACUUUGGAGCCUUAUUAAAGAUCCAUACAUACUCAUUGCUGCAGGAUCCAUUUGUUUUGCAAACAUGGCCAUCGCAAUGUUAGAGCCAGCGUUGCCUAUUUGGAUGAUGGAGACCAUGUGUCCAAGAAAAUGGCAGCUAGGCGUUGCCUUUGUGCCAGCCAGCAUCUCCUACCUUAUUGGAACUAACAUCUUUGGCGUCCUCGCGCACAAGAUGGGGAGAUGGCUGUGCUCUCUCAUCGGGAUGGUCCUCGUGGGGGUUAGCAUCCUCUGUGUCCCUUUCGCUAAGGACAUCUAUGGACUGAUACUUCCGAAUUUUGGUGUUGGUUUUGCAAUUGGCAUGGUGGAUUCCUCUAUGAUGCCAAUCAUGGGAUAUUUGGUGGACCUGAGACAUGUGUCAGUCUAUGGCACUGUGUACGCCAUUGCUGAUGUGGCUUUCUGUAUGGGCUUUGCUUUAGGUCCGUCCGCUGGAGGCGCCAUAGCGAAGAGCAUUGGGUUCCCCUGGCUCAUGACCAUCAUCGGCGUCGUGGACAUCCUCUUCGCUCCCCUCUGCUACUUCCUCAGGAGUCCUCCUGGGAGGGAAGAGAAAAUGGCCAUCUUGAUGGACUCUAACUGCUCGAUGAAAACCCGAUCAUACUCAACACAGGGGAACACAGAGUACGAAGAGAUGGAGACAGAGUACGAUGAGUAUUAA